CAUAACAAAAAUGACAGAGUAAAAACAAAUAUUUGACGUUUAAAACUUCAAUCUUGAAAAUAGAGAAAUAAAUUACCACAGAUAAGUUAAUUAAAAAAACUAUUAGCAUUAUUUUCCCAAACUGUUUCGGCAAUGUGUAUUAAGUAUAUAUAAAAGAUGGAAGGUAGACUUAGGAAAUGGAGAAGUAAACGAGACUUUCUAAAACUUCUGCAGUCUCGAGAAACUAAUGCAGAAACAUCCAAAUUUUUCAAGCAACAUUCGCAGUUUACAGAUAGCUUAAUAAAGAGACUGGGACUGGAGUUUGAGCUACUAGGGCAUCAAGGUUGUGUGAACUGUUUGGAGUGGACUCCCAAUGGAGAGCGCUUGGCUUCUGGUUCAGAUGACACGAAUAUUAUAUUAUGGGACCCCUUUCGUCACAAACACCUGCAGCUUAUACCAACUCAACACAUUGGAAAUAUUUUUUCUGUUAAGUUUUUAGGAGGUUCAUCCACAGAUAUAGCAACAGCUUCGGGUGAUGGUAGGGUCUUAGUACAAUCUAUUCCAACGGCGGUCGCCAAAGGACAUCCACUUUUGGAAUGCAGCUGUCACGUAAAUCGCGUGAAAAGAUUAGCGACCUCUCCAAUCGAGCCUUCUUUGUUUUGGUCGGCAGCUGAGGAUGGACUUAUUAUUCAAUACGAUUUAAGGGAACAGCACGAGUGUUCCUCAUCUCAAAGAAAAGUGUUAAUUGAUCUCAGUAGCAACUAUGGAGAGCUCAAAUGUGUAGCUAUUAAUCCUAUGAAACCACAUUAUCUAGCAGUUGGUGCCAAUGAUUGCUAUGUAAGGUUAUACGAUCGUAGGAUGUUGAAACCUUACAUAAAGGAAGGGCAUUUUUUCCUUCCCAUGGACAUGAAUGCAAACAAACCGUCAGAAAUAGAACCAGUUGAGCUGAACUGUGCGCAAUAUUACGCCCCAGGUCACCUGGCAGUGGAAAACGCCAAAAUGAUCAAUUAUAAAUUGGCUGUAACGAAUAUAUCUUUUAAUUCUGCGGGAUCGGAAAUGUUGGCGAAUAUGGGCGGUGAACACAUCUAUCUUUUUAAUGUCAAUAAUUCUAGGCACAUCAGUGACAUGCAAGUCCCUCCAAUAUUCAAUAAAAAGGAUCAGCCCGUUUGUAAACACUGUCGCAAAACGGGAGGAAACGGUUAUAUAAACGGCGUAAAGCUAGAUCAAUGUCCGGAAGAAAAUUGUAUUUGUUUCUAUCUAGAAAGAGCAAAUCAGUGUCAAAAACGGAAAUGGAUGGGAGACACAUAUAAUGCUGCUAGGGACUUUUUACACGUGAUACAGAAUUGGCCUAAUCACACGCAGGCUUAUAUUGGACUAAUAGAGUGUUUAAUAGAACUUAAAUGGGGAAAAGAAGCACAGCGAUGGCUAGACUAUUUUCUAAAUUUACCAAUAAAUACCAACCACGAAAAGGCAGUUAAUUUACCAUCAGACGUUCUAAAUUCUGUCCUGUCCAAUCAAGAGAAAGCCGAUAGAGAAAACGAGAAAACGGAACAAUCAAUUGCCGAACGUACUUUCAGGAAAGUGGGGGAAGUUGAGCAGAAAAGAAGGCUGGAAUCGCUGGAUUUUGAACUGCGGUUCCUCGGACAUUGUAAUACUACAACUGACAUCAAAGAAGCCAGCUUUUUAGGCGAAGAUGGAAAUUAUGUUUGUGCUGGUUCGGAUGAAGGUAUAAUAUUUGUUUGGGAAAGAAAAAAGUCGAAAAUAGUUACAGCUCUGUUUGGCGACGUGUCCAUAGUAAAUUGUGUCCAACCACAUCCGAGUGCCUGUUUCAUUGCGUCGAGCGGAAUUGAUUCUGGAGUGAAACUUUGGUCGCCACUUCCAGAACUAGAAGACUUUGUGAAUCCUCGAAAAGUGACAGACAUUAAAGCGGUGGUCGAGGCGAACCAAAAUCGCAUGGCGCUGGACCCACUCGAAUCUAUGUUAGUGAAUAUGGGAUAUCGAAUACCGACAGCUCUACACAACGAGGAAACUGAUGAGGAGAAUGCAACAGGCUUUGAUUACCAAUACUUCUUAAAGAAGAAGUGAACAACAAGAAUAUACCAACAAUAACGGAUGAGAAUGUGUGAGAGGCACGUCUUCUAUCAUACAUAAUACAUAUGCAACACAGAAUACUAUCACUCCUAUAUACAAAUCCGGACAAAACACAUAGAAAUAACGCAGAAACACAUAAUAGUCAGCAUUUGAUGUACCAUAGGGCAUAAUACAUUCACUCUCAGAUCUUUUCAGCCACAGCAUGGUUGUUGCCUACAACACCAUGGCGAACUAUGUCAAUCUAAGUUCAAAUGAUUAAUUAAAAGUAAGUAAUCUUACAGCAGAUAUUCUUCUUCAAUGAUUAAUUUGUAUUACUAUACAGGGUUCAAGUUAUAAAAAUUAUUUAGUUAUUUAAGAAAACUUAUUUUUAUAUGUAAAAAGAGAAAUAUAAAUU